AGCACGUUGAAAUGUUUUUGGAAGUUGUUAGCGGUUGAUACAAUUAAAUACUCCCAAAAAACAACAGCAGUUAAAGUAAACACUGCGAUUUUAAAGACACUGUAACAAGUAAGCAACGCGUAAUGUCUCGGAAAUCUAGCAACUGUUAAUUAAAACUCUUCCUGAGAUAAACUAGCUCAUAUUUCAGGUAGUCGUCAGCAACUUAAGACAGUUUAAGACAAGCAUGGCAUCUUCGCUGGUAGUUCCUGUCAUUGAUGUCCAGAAUGAAAACUUUAAAGAGCUUUGGCCUGCUAUGGUCGUGGCUAUUAAAACGGCGUCCUUCGUUGCACUGGACACGGAGCUGAGCGGUCUUGGGAACAGGAAGUCCUUGCUGGCUGAAUCCAUUGAGGACAGAUACAAAGCUAUAUGUCAUGCAGCUCGGUCCCGCUCCAUCCUCUCGUUGGGAAUCGCCUGCUACAAGAAACUUGAUCAAAAGCCUGCAGACUCGUACCUGGUGCAGGUGUAUAACCUCACCCUUCUAUGUUCAGAGGAGUACAUCAUAGAGCCCCAGUCAGUGCAUUUCCUGGUGCAGCACGGAUUUGACUUCAACAAGCAGUACGGCCACGGAAUCCCGUACUGCAAGGGCAACAAUAAGGGAGGCGCAGAUGACCGCGGCGUUCACAUCCGAGCACUGUUCACUGAGCUGCUGCGUGCUCGGAAACCCCUGGUGCUACACAAUGGUCUCAUUGACAUGGCUUUUCUGUACCAGAGUUUCUAUGCUCACCUGCCCGAGCGCCUGGCCACCUUCACUGCUGACCUGUCAGAGAUGUUUCCCGCUGGGAUAUACGACACCAAAUAUGUCACAGAAUUUGAACUUCGACUCUCUGCCUCCUAUCUUGAGUACGCCUACAAGAAAUGUAAGCUGGAUAAUGGUCGCAGUGUGGACUCCGGAGCAACUGGACCUCAUGUUCACAUAGAGUUCUGUCAGUAUGCUGGUCACAUGUCCACCUAUGUGGACUACAGGGAGUGUCCAGCUGUCGCUUCUAUUGAGGAACAGACUGACAUCUGUCAGCGCUUCUCUGCAUUUGGUUGGUGUCCGAAUGGCACAAAGUGUCCGUUAUCCCAUGACACAGACCGCAUCAUCCUCCAGGACGAGAAAAAUAAGGAGGACAAGAGGAAGAAAAGGAAGAGACAGAGAGAGAAGAAGAGAAGUGAAGGAGAGGGCUCCUUCAUCUUUGAUGGUGCUCCGGAAAAUAAAAUCCCCAACAUGGAAGUGGAUCCAGAAGAUCCUCUAGGAGACCAGCGAGGGACAGUUGCUGAGAUGUGCCCAGAUGGUUUGCCAGCAAUGGACAGUGAUGGAAACACCCCACAGAGUGAAGGAAAGAGCUUGGAGACUGACAGCAAGGGGAACAGUGUGUGUGAUGAGAACAUAACAAUAGCCUCAAUUGAUGACAGCCGGAACACAAAAAACAACACAAAUGAUGGAAAAAGUGGCGUAGGGAGUGGGACAGGAGCAGGGAGAGAAAAGACGAAUGACCGCUCAGCUGGGAUUGAAACCCAGAAGAAGAAUGCUGACGCAGGGACACAUCGGGCAGGAUUUGACGCCUUUAUGACAGGUUACAUCUUCGCCUACUCUUGUACCGUCAUCAGGAAGGAAGAAGCUGGAGAAGCAGACAAGGAGGAGGAGGAGGAGCAGUCGUGGCUUCCUACCUGUCUUAACAAGGUCUAUCUGAGCGGCAAGGCAGCGCCUCUCAAUGUGGUAAAGAGUACCUUCUCCAAGUCGUCCAAGGCCCACAUGCAGAAGAUGGAGAUGGUGUGGGGCGGAAGGUGUUAAAUUUUGUCUCUCUUGGUUCGUAAGGAGUAAAUCCCACAGACUUGGACUUGAAUCCAGUGACCAUUGGGGAUGUUUAUUGUUUGAAAUAUAUUUGCUUGUAAUUGACCUUCUGUAAAUGUCAUGGUUCACCCAAAUCAGGUGGUCUCCAUACUUGGUCAAAACCUUUGUCCAGAUCAAAUCAAUCCAAUAAAUACCAGUGUCAAUAUAUUAGUUUUUCCUUCAGCCUCAGCUUAAUUUGUGUUAUUUCAGUGUUGGCAUGCUAAGUCAUUGUCAGCAUUUAGGCAGUUAGCAUUUAGCCCUAAACACAGCAGUGCUAAGCUGUGAGUGAAUGGCAGGUUUACUCCUGACUGUGAAUGAGAGGACAGUUCUGGUGUAAUCAUCAUUUUAUCCUAAUGGGGAAAUGUUCCUGGAGGAUGGAGGAAUUGAUACCUCUGACAUAACUCUCAUAGAACACCACCUUCUAAUGCAAUCAUUAAUCCAUUCGUCAAAUAUUACAUUUAAGAUCCCUUGAGUAUCGAGGAAUUAUAACAACAAUGAUGAAUGAGCACCCAGUUUCUUAAAAUCAAUGCAGCUCUGCGUUUGAAAAAAUAUCCCAUAAUAUUAUGCUUACAGUUGAUUAAAAGAUUAAAUGUGUUUUCCUCUUAAAAUGUGAGUUGGCAAUCGUCAGUAAUUGAGAUAAAAACAAUCCAUAGGUGUGUGACUUAUAAUUAAAAGGGAAGUUUGGAUGUACAGGGGAGGAAUAGUGGAUACAGUGAACAAAAGAUUUUGAAUAUGGAGCUGCCAGACAGGAGGAACAUAGGAAGCUCACAGAGAGGAUCUAUGCAUACAGGGAAGGAGGACAUGCAGAAGGUUGGUAUGAGAAGGAUAGGGUGAUAUGGAAGCAAACGUACUGUAGCAAUCAUAAAGGAGUUGUCAGAAGAAGAAAAUCUAUUGGGUUUCUUUAAGUGCUAUUAGCUGAGCUACAAUAAGACAGGCCCCAAAUCAUCUAAUCAGAUUUUUAGUACUUUAAAUAAUUUAAGUUAUAACAUGCUGUGGGUGAUUAUCUAUGAACAAUUUGAAAUGUGAUAAGUGAACUGAUAAAUUAUGUAUUUAGGUUCUACUUAAUGAUAACAUAUAUGGACUUUGGCUAUUCUGUGCGCUGUCGUGUGAUUGUCAAGCGAACGCCUGUGUUCUUUGUGAGAGCUUCACCAUUCAGUUAA